CUCCAGCGGCUACAGCACCAUACCGUACAGCACUAACAGUACAGCCAAAAGCCCCCUCCCUCACAAAGGCGGGUGACUGGGAACACCGCUGUGUAUAACUGAUCGCAUAUCCACCUGGCCAAGGCAGUCUCCCCUCUCCUCUCUCUCUCUCUCCGCGUUCUGCAGCAAAUCGACUUUGGACCAUCUAUUCGCUCGUGGGAUUACAGUGCUCGAGUACAUAUAUAUACAGGCACAAGUAAUUGGAGUGUACUGUACUGUACUGUACUGCAGCGUACCUGGUGCUUGCAAGGAAGCAAGGCCGCCCCGCUAUUCCAUCCCCACCUCCCAAACACGGCGGCCACAUAUCUAGCAGAGACACAAGGCCAGCCCGCCUCCUCCUCCUCUGUCUUUCUUCUCUCUCCGCACUGUCUGUCUGUCUGUCUGUCUGUUUACACCUUUUUGCUCCGUCUUGCAUUGCCUUUGUCUUGUGCUCUUCCCCGGACACUGCGGUGCCGACCAAAGUACAUCGAUACAACAACACAGCACUCCCGCUCUCCUACCCAUACACGCACCCGCGCACCCACUACGGCCACGCCCGCAAAAGGACCACACAGACCAGACCCUGAAAACACGCCUACCCCUCCUCACGCAGGAACCGAACACACACACCUUCUUCAACCCUCUCCUCCCUCCUCUGCCGUGCCUCCGUCUGCCGCUGCAGUCUACCUACAUCUCUCCUUGCGCUACUACCCGGCCUACCGACUUCCCUCCACACCCGCCCUCGUCUCCCAUUGUCGGUUGCAGCAGACGUUAGUCCCUCACUAAACGUCAAACACCCAGGCUGCGAUUCGCUCUUUUGCAACACACUAUACUCGCUAGUCGCGAGGGUACCGCCAAACACAUCGCCUUCCUACUGGUUUUUGCCGACAGCUCCUAUUUCCUCAACACCAGCGCAAAAGCGCACCAGAAUCUAAGCCAUGUCUCGCGCACCUGCAGGGAGCGGCAGCUCCAGGAAGAUUUCCUUCAAUGUCUCCGAGCAAUACGACAUCCAGGAUGUAGUUGGCGAGGGCGCUUACGGCGUUGUCUGCUCUGCGCUCCACAAACCUUCAAGCCAAAAGGUCGCCAUCAAGAAGAUCACCCCCUUCGACCAUUCCAUGUUCUGCCUUCGAACGCUGCGAGAGAUGAAGCUGUUGAGAUACUUCAACCAUGAAAACAUCAUCUCCAUUCUAGAUAUUCAGAAGCCUCGGAAUUACGAGACAUUUACUGAAGUGUAUCUGAUCCAGGAACUCAUGGAGACGGACAUGCACCGCGUCAUUCGUACACAGGAACUCUCCGAUGACCAUUGCCAGUAUUUCAUCUACCAAACGCUUCGUGCCCUCAAAGCGAUGCACUCUGCGAACGUGCUGCACCGUGAUCUCAAGCCUUCCAAUCUCCUUCUCAACGCCAACUGCGAUCUCAAAGUCUGUGACUUUGGUCUCGCGCGAUCAGCCGCCUCGACAGAAGACAAUUCGGGUUUCAUGACGGAAUACGUUGCCACUCGCUGGUACCGUGCUCCCGAAAUCAUGUUGACGUUCAAAGAAUAUACCAAGGCCAUCGACGUCUGGAGUGUAGGCUGCAUCUUGGCCGAGAUGCUGAGCGGGAAGCCUUUGUUCCCUGGCAAGGACUACCACCACCAGUUGACAUUGAUCCUCGACGUGCUCGGUACACCGACCAUGGAAGACUACUAUGGAAUCAAAUCUCGCCGUGCUCGCGAGUACAUUCGUUCGCUUCCCUUCAAGAAGAAGAUUCCAUGGAAAGCCAUGUUCCCCAAGACAUCCGACCUUGCGCUGGAUCUUUUGGAGAGGUUACUUGCUUUCAACCCUGUCAAGCGUAUCACUGUCGAGGACGCUCUCAAACACCCAUACCUUGAACCGUACCAUGACCCGGAUGAUGAGCCGACUGCAGACCCCAUUCCCGAGGAGUUCUUCGAUUUCGACAAGAACAAGGACAACCUGACCAAAGAGCAGUUGAAACUUCUCAUCUACCAGGAGAUUAUGCGAUAA